AUGCCUUCGAACUAUGCCCUCCUGCUGAAGGGUAAGAAUGAGCCACUAGUGGUUGAAGAGGUUGCCUUUCCAACUGCGGAGGCUCACCGGAUCGUUGUUCGCACCCGUGCUGUUGCCGUGAAUCAGGCAGACUUCUUCCUCCAGAUGAUGGGUCAAGACCUGUUUCCUUGGCUCGAAUUUCCCGUAGUACUUGGAUUUGAUGUUGCCGGCGAAGUUGUGGCUGUUGGACCCGACGUGGAGGGCUUCCAGCUCGGCGACCACGUUGCUGGUCUGGGAGGCUCCUUCGGGGGCGACUUAAACCCCCGGGGUGCCUUCCAGAACUAUGUCGUGCUGGACGACAACAUGGCUGCAACCAUCCCGGACGCCAUGUCUUACGAGAACAUUGUAGGUUUGCCCGUGACUGUCUCGACUGCCGCUUGUGGUCUGUUCAUGCCAGACUACCUGGACCUGCAGUUCCCGCAGGCCGACCCUUCUGCCCGCAAACAAACAGGCAAGACGAUCUUGGUUUGGGGAGGUGCUACCGGAGUGGGCUGUGCGGCUAUCCAAAUGGGUGUUGCCGCCGGCUACGAGGUAAUUACCACUUGUUCUCCCAAAAAUUACGAAUACGUGCAACGCCUGGGCGCUACCGCCGCUUUCGAUUACCACAGUAGCACCAUAAGUGAUGACUUGAAGGCCGCAUUCACCGGAAAAACCUGCGCAGGAGCAUUGGCUAUUGCUGGAGCAGAUCCAGUUGGAUGCAAAGAAGCUAUCGAUGCCUGUAUCGAGCUCGUGGCUAAUGUCCCGGGCGACAAAGCCGUGGCGCUUGCCAUGCGGCCACCAGAUUCACUGCCGGACGGCAUACGGAUAAAAUUCAUAUUCUGCAGCGACAUCAAGGACAAUGAAGUUGGUGGCCACAUAUUCAACACCUAUCUACCUGAGGCCCUCUCUAAUGGCAGCUUUGUACCAGCACCGAAACACGAGGUCGUUGGCAGCGGGCUCGAAGCAAUCGAGGGUGCUCUUGAACAGCUGAAGAAGGGAGUGUCCGCCAAGAAACUCGUCGUGUCCAUUUGA